AUGGGGCCAACAGCAGAAGAGCUACCUCUCCGGAAAAUCGUGCUGUCCAGUUAUGCCAUAGCAGCGAUUUUCAUUGCGGCAUCUUGGUCAAGCUACAGCUAUGGAAUCUCUUUCUCGCCGUGGCAAGCAGUUCUGGGCAGUUUGAGGACACCUGCUUUUGUCUGCGAACCACAUCAAUACACUACUGAGAUAGUAUCUAUCGAUCCUUUACUCAUAUAUAUCAACAAUUUUGUCUCUGCUUCGGAAGCUGAGCUUUUGAUUGCUGAAGGAGAACCCAACCUCGAAACUUCAGAAGUCUACCGCAACGGCGUCAAGCAACCAGCCACAUCCCGCACCUCUCGCUCCGGUGCCCUCCCCCCUUCUUCAGCCAUUGUCCAAUGCAUCCUCUCCCGCUCAAGCGCCUUCAUGGGAACGCUCCUCGACCUCGACGGCGACUUCGGCACCCCUCAAAUCGUGCGCUACGAGAAAGGCGAGAAAUUCGACACCCACCACGACUGGUACGACACUCCGCAACGAAUGAAAGACGGCACGUCCCGGUGGUUCAACCGCGUGGCGAGUUUCUUCGUCUAUCUAGACGGGGAGGGCGUCCAGGGCGGAGAGACAUGGUUCCCAUUCAUCGAGGCGAGGGAUGGGGAUGGGAAGUGGAUCAGGGGAGAGGAUGGGGAGGGUGGUGGGACGAAGUUUGUGCCUAGGAGGGGAAAUGCGUUGUUUUGGGUCAAUUUGCAUGGGAAUGGGACGGGGGAUCAGAGGGUUGUGCAUGCGGGGUUGCCGUUGGCAGAGGGGAGGAAGACGGCGAUGAAUAUUUGGCCGAGGAAGUUUUAUAGGAGGGAGAGGGGGUGGUGGAAUUUCUAG